CUGCUGGAUCAGUCUGUAACGAGCAUUUUGAGGUGACAGUGUGACGCGGCCAUUUGCCAUAUUCGAAAAUAUAUUUACUAUGACAGAAACUGAGCAUUAUCAUGAGGCAGCUAAAGCCCUCAACACAGAGAAGGGAGAAGAGGAAGAUGACGUUAUGGAGCGCAUCAUCGUCCACAUAGGCGACAUGGGUACAUACCAGCGCUGGCUAGUGGCGGCCAUGCUGCCGUUCGCAGUCGCCAUGGCGUUCAGCUACAGCGUCCAGAUGUUCAUAGCUGCCACGCCGCAACAACACUGGUGCAAGGUUCCCGAGCUCCAGGUCCUUAGCGUAGAGUUGAGACGCAAUCUCUCCGUCCCAUUCACAGAUGAGCCACCAGGAUGGGACCGCUGCAUGAUGUACGACACCAACUACACCCAAGUACUGUCCACUCUCACUCGACCACCCACUGGCACUCCAGUCGUGCCCUGCAGAUAUGGCUGGGAGUUUCUCUUCGACGACAUACCUUACUCGACUGUUAUCAAUGAGCGCGAGUGGGUAUGCGACAGGGCUGCGUACGCGCCGUUCGCGCAGUCGGUAUACUUCGUGGGCUCACUGUUUGGCGUGGCUUUCUUCGGCUUUCUCGGCGACAAGUAUGGCAGGCUACCGGCUUUUAUCGGAGCGAAUAUAAUCGGGUUCAUAGGCAGCAUAUCAACGAUCUUCACAGUGGGAGCGUGGGACUUCGCCCUGUCUCGCUUCGUCACAGGCGUCUCCAACGACGCCGGGUACACCAUGAUAUACAUUAUAAUUUUGGAGUUUAUCGGUGCCCGCCACCGCACUUGGGUCUCCAACGCAGUGCUCGGAAUAGGAUGCACUGUGGCCCAAGUCCUGUUGCCGUGGAUGGCCAUCAAGAUGGCCGACUGGAGGACUCUGACCGUCGUGACGUCUAUCCCCUUCGUAUUGGCCUUGGCCACCCCUUGGAUUGUCCCGGAGAGCGUGAGAUGGCUUUCUUCGAGUGGCCAAGUCAAAAGAGCUCUUAAGAUCUUAAGAAGAUUUGAAAGAAUCAAUAAUACGAAAAUACCUCAAGACGUCAUAGACGAAUUUGUCGCAACGUCAAACAAAAAACGCGAAUCAAACGAGUCCCUCACCGCACUAUUCCAAAGUCCUAGACUGAGGAACUGCCUGUUCGUCCUUAUUCUGGUGAGCAUCAUCGCCAGUAUCGGUAUCGACGCAAUAAUCCGUUUGUCAGAGAAUAUUGGCUCCAGUUUAUUCGUCACGUUUGCCGCGUCGUCUGCCGCUGAGUUGCCAGCUUUGGCUCUGGUUACUGUUACUUUAGACAGGUUCGGUAGACGCGCUGUGAUCGCAGCUACGUUGCUUUUAACCAGCGUAUUUUCAUUCAUGUGUGCAGCAAUUCCAAGAGGUAUAUUCCAAGCGAUAGUAGCCGUGACUCUGCGGUUCUUCGUGAACAUGUCGUUCAGCGCGCUGCUGCAGCUCGGCCCCGAGACCCUGCCCACCCCGGUGCGCUCCAGCGGCAACUCGCUCAUACACCUCACUGUCUUCCUGGGAACUGUCGUGUCGCCGUACGUCGUUUAUUCGGGUACGAUAUGGGUUCCCCUGCCGCUGAUAACAAUUGGCGUCAUCAGUAUAGUAGGGACGUUGGCGUCGCUGCUGCUGCCGGAGACCAAAGGUCAGCCGAUGCCGCAGACGCUGGCUGACGGGGAGCGGCUGGUGGCCCAGAAUAUGCUGUGCGGACGAUUUGAAAUUGACGAAGAAACAGAAAAACUACCCCCUCUUAAAGAGAAAAGCUGAAGUCUGAUUUUCUAUUAACAAAACAUAACUAUAGUCUCAUUUGUCAAAGAAUAUAUUGCCCAUAAUACUUAAAUGCUAAUUUGGAUUUCCGUGCACGUAUGUAGUAAUAUUUAUUGCAUGCGUGUGUAGUAAUUAUUGUAUGACAUUGUGUGUAAUGCGUACAAAUUUAUUCAUACAAUCUCUGCUGCAUAGCGCUGCAUACGCUUUCAGUGUGCACGGACCUUUAUGCAGAUUAUCUCCAAUUCCGUAAUGGUUUUGUACCUAGAAUAUUUAUUUACAGGAUAUUAAUUAGUGUAUGAAAAAAUCGGUGAUAAACGAAUAAUAAAACUUCAUGAGUAAAAAUAUUUUUUUAUUUAUUAUUUUACUCCGUCUGCUUAUUUCAUAACAUUUCUUGCACUCAAGAUAGGUUUUAACAUUAUUAUUUAUUGAUUAAUUAAUUUUAAAAAAUAUUUGUUAAAUUGAUGUUAAAUAAAAUCC